GAAAGGAAUAAAAAAGGCCAUUUGGCCUCGUGUGUGAAGCUCCACACACCUACUUAAACCCAGCGGGUCCCCGGCGUGAGGCUCAGUACCAAAGCACAGCGCAGGAGACAGACUGAGACGGACACAGAAAGGGACACUCUGAGAAGAGGUCUCCGCUUUGAUACCGCAAGAUUCUGUUCAAGGAAAGGAGACGAGUCCAGAGUCCGGAGUCGAAGGAGGACAUGUUAGUUUGAAGAGGACGAGGACGAGAAGCACCGACCGCGAAGAUGCUGAGUGUGGAGAUGUACCCCGGUUUGACCCAUCAAAGGAUGGGAGACGGUUUCUACAGAGACCUUCAGUCGCAGGCGUUCCCGUCCGCCUGCGACGCGGCGGCCAAAGCUCUGCCCCAGAGGCUGCCGCCGCCCCCCCCGCCGGGCCCCAACCCCCCCAAAAGCGACGUCAAGGUGGAGCUGGAGAACGCGCACUUGUGGAAACAGUUCAGCUCCGUGGGCACAGAGAUGAUAAUCACCAAGAAGGGCAGACGGAUGUUCCCCGGGCUGAGGUUGAAGCUCUCGGGCCUGAACCCGUCCCUCCGCUACAUCCUCCUCCUGGACGUGGUCCCGCUGGACAACUCGCGCUACCGCUUCCAGGGCGGCGGCUGGCAGGCCGUGGGCGGGGCGGAGGCCAAGCUGCCCGACCGGGUGUUCAUCCACCCGGACUCGCCCGCCACGGGGGCCCACUGGCAGAGCCGCGCCGUCUCGUUCCACUACGCCAAGCUCACCAACAACACCCUCGACUCACAGGGACACAUCAUCCUGCACUCGCUGCACCGCUACCAGCCCAGGGUCCACCUGGUCGAAGCGAGGGAUGUGCUGAGGUGGGGGGGGGCCCAGCGCUCCUUCGUUUUCCCCGAGACCCAGUUCCUCACAGUCACCGCCUACCAGAACAGCAAGAUCACAGAGCUGAAGAUCAACUCCAACCCCUUCGCCAAAGGCUUCCGAGAGGACGGCAUGAACAGCAAAAAGCAAAGAGACGCGAGACUCAAGCGCAAAGUGUCCGUCAUGGCCGACGUCUUGGACAUCGUGAACUGCGAUGCGUGCGACUCCACCGAGCCGCAGCCCGCCACCUCCAGCACGGACCUGCGGGCCCUGGCCCUGGGCCACUCCUCCUCCCUCCCCCGACCGCCCGGCGCCGCCGCCCCCUCCUCCUCCUGUGGGUUCGGACCGGCCGGAGCCUCCUACCGGGACGCUUUGGCCCCCGGGCAUCCGCUCGAUCUCGGCCAGGAGUUCAUGGCCUCUCAGAUGUCCGACAUCGGGAUCUCCGUGGGCAACGGCGUGCAGGACGCGCGGGGAGGCGCGGCGGGGGGCCUCCUGGGCGAAAGGUCGGACGGAGCGGCGUACGCUUUCUCCUCCACCGACUGCUCCUCCUUCCCUUCGGCUCCUCUUCCGCAGUCCUCCUCGUCCUUCUCCUCCCUGCCCGUCCCCGACUCCUCUGAUGCGUCCAUGGACUACCCCCCCAUUCUCACCUCCUCGCCCCCCCUCUCCUCCUCCACUCCCUCGCUGCAGCAGACCUCCUUCACCUUCCCCACGCCGCCUCCCUCCCACUCCUCCUCGCCACAGUCCCUCCUGACGUCCACGUCCCCGCCCUAUCACGGCGCCCCGGAGGCGGUCGCCACCCACGCGCCGGUGGACUCCUCCUUUGCCGCCCCGCCGCCGCCCCCCGCGUGCCAGGCGCUGUUCCCCGGCGGGAGCAGCUCCUCCGUCGACCAGUGCCCGCCGACGUGGAUCUAUCCCGAUCCGGCGAGCGCGCAGCACCUCCACAGCUACGGCCACCCGCAGGCCGCCGGCCCGCCGUGCUCCCGCGGAGGGGGGGGCGGCGGCGGCGCGUCUUUCUCCUUCCCCUCCGUCCCCGCCCACAUGCAGAAUCUGUCCUUUCCCAGCGUGGCCCCCGCCUCAGCCCACCACGCCCUGCACCUCCCGGGUCUGAGCCACCAGGCCCAGGGUUCCUCCUUGGCUGCGUCCUUCCCUCACCCCUCCUCCUCGCUCCCUCACUCUCACCCUCACGCCUCCUUCCAGGCCCCCUCCUGCUUGGCCGCCUCCUCUCCCUUCCAGCAGUCCGUCUCCCCGAUGGCCGCGGCCGCCCAUCACCAAAACCCGCGCAACCCCUCCACCUCCUCGCACCCGGCGGUGGAGAUGUCGCCGUUCAACCCGCCCGCCCCCUAUCGCCCGGAGAUGGUACUGCACCACCCGUCUCUUCUGCCCCAGCUGGAUCCGUCGCUUGCCUCCGGCCUCCCCUCCUCCACCCCUCCCCCGGCCCUCUACCCGGCCUUUCCGUCCUACCCUCUGCGCCUUUGUCAGGAGCCUCACGCGUCCCUCUCCAUCCCGUUCAGGCAUCUGUACAGAAGCACCAACACGGACACGCCCACCCCCAGGGGCCCUACCUGGAUAUGAACUCAAGAGCUGUGUUUUAAAAAAAACAAGAAUGUAAAGUUGUACAAAUGUUUUGGAUUGAAAGCGCUUUUAGUUUAGUUUUUAUUUCUUUUUUUGCAAUUUCCAGCGUCAGCUCAAGAAGCCCAAUGGACUGAUGUGUGCGUAUGUGUAUUUUAAAGGGUUCACCUGAUUAGCAGAUGAAUAAGAUUGGUCCACAUUUGUAAAUAGCUGUUUAAGAUUUCCUUUCUCAAAUAUCCAUUCCAGUGUUUUAAUGAAUAAAAAAGAUUCCGUAUUCCAGAGUGGCGUGAUUACAUUUCCACAAAAACAUUAAACUAAAAGUGACUGUUGUGACAAUUAGUUCUUGUUCAUUAGAAGA